AAAUUUCCCGCCUAUUAUUUCUUCGUUACCUUUUUUUGUCCGUCACUGGCUAUUUGUGAGUUUGCACUCAAGCCUGAAAGCAAACCCUAGAUCGCUACUAUGGAGGAAGAGAUCAAAGCAGAGUUUGAAAGGAGUGGUUUUUCUCUCGAUGAUGAGGAAGAAGUACUCAAGAAAUGUCUCACUUUCUGCAUAAAUUUCAAGCUCAAACCUUCCGAUCUCGUUUCAAGCUGGGAGGUUUACUAUCUCAAUAGGCAACUUAGCGUAACCUCGGUGCAGAAUGCUCACAUGGAUGGUUUCUUAUUACACCUUCAAAAUGAACAGAAGGACGUGGUUAUUAAAGAGGAUCCCCAGUUGCACAUCUAUUCCAGUAAUGAUGUCGAUAUGAUUCUAAAUGAUGAACCUGAAGAUACAAAAGAAGGUAUUCUUGGUACUCCAGUGGAUAGAUCUGAAAUAAUCCAUUCAGACUUAUCUAAUUUUACACCUGGAAUAAAUGGGAAGUCCACAUCUGGAAAACAAUUAAAACUUGCGAGUAACCAUAUCACUCCUUUUGGACAAAGGAAAACCAAGUUCGUGGUACAACUUUCUUUCAAUAACCCACCAGGUAUAGAGAAUGGCAUAAAAGAGGACACUUUUGAGAGUCUUGAGGAUGAUGUCAUCAGGAGGGUCAGACCCAGUGAGAAGUGUUCCUUGCAAAUUCACAUGUCACAGCCAAAACCCGGUUGCAGAUUCAUGUAUGACAGAAUUGAAGACAGGUUCAGUUCCCUUGAAGACCGCAUCAUAAAGUAUGCAAAUGCACUUGUUGCUUCUGGACUCUAUGAGGAACCAACGGAUCCCACAGUGGCCUCUCAGAACAAUGUGUUUUCAGUUGGCAUGAUCUGUUGUGAUGGAGAAGGUCGUCUGAAUGAGAAGUCCAUUCUGUUGCAAGGCAGUGUUGAGCAUUCUGGUGGUCAACACGUGCGUCUUGACGUACAGAAAUUGACCCAGUUUUCCUUCUUCCCAGGACAGGUGGUUCGUGUCGAGGGUCACAAUCCCAGUGGACACUGUUUGGUUGCAUCUACAGUAGUAGAUGCUAUUCCUUUCUUGGCUCCUACUGACAUGGGUUUGCCUCCUACAAAGAAGCAAGCUCUUGACCAAGAAUUUCAGGCAACUCCUUCCACUAUGCAUGGGGAGCUAUCAUUGGUUAUUGCGGCAGGUCCCUUCACGACAACUGAUAACUUGUUAUUUGAGCCUUUAGUAGAACUGCUAGCUUAUGCAAGCAGAAAACAGCCUCAAUUGCUUAUGCUGCUGGGGCCAUUUGUUGAUUCUGAACAUCCAGAGAUUAAGAAAGGAACUGUUGAUAGAAGCUUUGCAGAUUUUUUCCAUGUGGAAAUUCUUAGAAGGUUGCAAGAUUAUGCUGAAUUUAUGGGUUCUGCUGCACACGUGAUUCUUGUCCCAUCCAUACGAGAUGCAAACCAUGAUUUUGUUUUCCCUCAGCCUGCAUUUGAUAUCCAUCUUUCUGAUCUAAAAAAUCAGAUAAGUAGUCUUUCAAAUCCAGGCCUUUUCUAUGCAAAUGAGGUCAAGGUAGGUUGCUGCACGGUGGAUAUCCUGAGACAGCUUAGUGGGGAGGAAAUCUCACGAAACCCAGCCAAUGGAUCAUCUGGUGACCGAAUGAGUCGAUUAGCCAUUCAUUUACUUGGCCAGCGUAGCUUUUACCCCUUGUAUCCACCCUCAGAAGGUGUUCCCUUGGAUCUGUCACUUGCUCCAGAAGCUAUGCAGAUAUCUUCCAUUCCUGAUAUUCUAGUCCUGACUUCAGACCUGGCUCCAUUUGUGAAGGUACUAUCUGUUGGCGGGAGAAUAGAUGGGGACGAGCAAUCAAAGUGCAUAUGCGUGAAUCCUGGGAGGUUGGCUAAGGGUAUUGGAGGAGGGACCUUUGUACAUCUAAAUUAUCAUGGGAAUCUGGACAGUACAAGUGCUUCAAUUAUAAGGAUAUAAAUCCAGGACUGAAGAGUUAGUACCUUGCGGUGAUCAAGCAGCAGAUGUGCAGAGAAACCUGUUCUAAGGGAUUAAUGGACA